AUGGGUGAAUCCAGACAGGAACUGCUCGCAUGGCUUAAUAACCUGCUGCAGCUGAACCUUACCAAGAUUGAGCAAUGUGGAACUGGUGCUGCCCUCUGCCAGGUCUUCGAUUCGAUUUUCAUGGAUGUUCCCAUGUCCCGGGUCAAAUUCAACGUGAACACUGAAUAUGCCUACCUUCAGAAUUUCAAGAUUCUUCAGAACGUCUUCGCCCGACACCAGGUCAACAAGCCCAUUCCCGUUCAGUCCCUCACGAAGUGCCGCAUGCAGGACAACCUGGAGUUCCUCCAGUGGGUUAAGAAAUACUGGGACCAGCACUAUCCCGGUGGUGAAUACGACUCCGUCGGCCGGCGUAAGGCUUCCGGCGCCGUUGGUGCCGCCCCCGCUUCGCGCGCCCCGUCUGCAAGCAGCGCACGCCGUGGGGUGACCCCAACAACGGGCGCCGUCCGUCCCCGAGUGGCCGCGCCCAGUGGAGCGGCCACCGCUGCCCUGCAACAGGAGAUCUCCACACAGAAGGAAGCGAUCGCAGGACUAGAGAAGGAGCGCGACUUCUACUUCGCCAAGCUACGCGAUAUUGAGCUGCUGCUCCAGAGCGCCAUUGAAGCCGACCCGGAGCUUGAAAAGGAAGAAGACACGCUUGUUAAGCACAUCCAGGGCAUUCUAUACUCGACCGAGGACGGUUUCGAGAUCCCUGCCGAAGGAGAGGAGAUUCCAGCCGACGAGCUCGAGACUUUCUAA